AUGCCACUGUCUUUGGCUUGCAUGGAAAAGCUGAAGGAUCUGAAGGUCAGAAGCUUUUUGCGUCAAAAGGUAUCGUCCAACGGACUAACAUUUCGGCUCAAAGCCAUCAAACAGAGUCGUAAGACAGCUUGGGACACCAUCAGUUCCCGUAAGCACGAGGUGCUGCAGGUUUAUCCAGGGCAGAAGGACUACAGCGAUCUCAUGCUAAUCGGUCGGCUCACUGCGGGACUGAAGAAUGGCAAUGAGGUGGUGACAGAUUUCAUCGCGCAAAUUCAUUUUCAAGGAGAUACAUCGAAGGAUCCAAAAGGUACCCUGUACAAGGUCUGGGGAUGCACCUUGGAUAAAAGCAAUGCAGACCUGAACCAACUUAAGCGUAUUGGUCAGGCCCAAGAACUGGAACGUAGAGCAACUUCAAACACCAUCACUUAG